AUGGCGGACGACGAUGAUUAUGGUGAGAUGGAAGAUUUCAAUGAUGAAGAGCCAAUGGAUGACCUUGGUGACAUCGAUCAGGAGAAUGAAGAUGCCGAGGGUGAACGAAUUGAUCUCAUUGAAGCUGACAAAGGCACCGCUUCCACAGAACGAGUCACCACACCAUUCAUGACAAAAUACGAAAGAGCGCGUAUAUUGGGAACGAGAGCGCUGCAGAUUGCAAUGGGUGCGCCAGUGAUGGUGGAAAUUGAGGGCGAGACGGAUCCGCUUGAAAUUGCGAGAAAGGAACUGAAGGCUCGCAAAAUCCCAAUCAUUGUGCGGCGUUACCUUCCGGAUGGUUCUUUUGAAGAUUGGUCAGUGGAUCAAUUGGCAGUUGGCAAUUGG